GGUCGGGAGGUGAAAAGCAGGGUGACAAGCAGCCGAACUUCAAGCAUGUGACUUUGUGGACGGACUCUGGUGUGAGCUGAACCUGGUCCAGCUGUUGACUUGCGCGCAUCGUUGCCUUUAAGAUGCGGCGGACGGAGGCUUGUGCCGCCUAAAGCGACACCAUUUUACCAAGCGUCCAGCUCGGCCCGGUUACCCAAGGACCACCCGGUGGUUUUUGUUGUCGACCGUGAGGUAGCGGUGGGUGGUCGUCGGCGGAGCCCCCCCUCCCCCAGCCCGCAAAUGUCGGCCGUUAUUUGUCGGGAGAGGAGGAGAAGACAUCCGUGAGGAGGCAAAGAGUAAAUACUUUCCCUUUAAAGCAGAAAGGGACAAGACUUGAUCUUUAAAAAAAGGGGAAGAAGAACGGCGAGGGAGGGAGGGACACUUUGAAAAAAGAGAAAGAUGUCAGCACGGCCAUUCAAACAGCGAGGCGGAGUCAUGGAUCGCGGCCGACCUGGAGCGUCCUAGUUGGGGGACGAGCUGUACGUGAGGCCGAGGCUUGGAUCCCGCGCGAAGGCCUUCCCGGAGCUAUCGCUAAUAAAUGUCUGCUGGCGAUCGCUAGCUGCUUUCCAUCACAUUCCUCCUCUCUCGGGGUUAGUUUCGGCAUUGUUUCUAGCAUUUGUGACAGUAAACAUAAGCAAAUCACCUUGCAUUUUGUUCAAGUCGUAGUGGAGCUGGAGCAGAAACAAUGAUUUCAACAAUCGACACCCAGCAGAGACAUACAUAGGAAGACUCCACACCUAACAUUUAGAAGUGGAGAAGCCUUUUGGAUUAAAGGUGAAACGUCUUCAACAAACAAGAAGAGUCCAGUUGUCUCCAUUCAACCUUUCCCAGUAGUAGUAGUUGUAGUAGUACUACUUUUAGUAGUAUUUAGUAGUUCCUUGGCUGAGUGAGGCUUCAGCAUGGACACAUCAUGGAGUAAUUUCCUCUUUCAGACGCCAGCCACUCCGGGCCAGCAGGAGGCGCCGCUGCAGUCGGAGCUUCUGCCCGAGCUGAGCGGCGAGGCCGAGGCAAGUCCUUUGGCGGACCAUAUGACCACGCCGCCGUCCACCGUGGACACCGCCGCCCUGAGCGAGGAGCCACUUCCUGUCAAAGAGCCGCCCAAAGCCACACGCCCCGCCCACAUAUGCGCCACCUGCAGCAAGGAGUUCAAGAACAGCUACAACCUGCGGCGCCACCAGUCGGUCCACACGGGCAUCAAGAUGAAGGAUCGCGCCCGCGACAAGGAGGAGGGGGGUAGGGUGGUCCAGAAGCAGACGGUCCCUCUGUCCCUCCUGCAGCUGACCCUGCCCCCGCAGCAUCCGCCCCCCCUGCCCGCACCCGCGUCCCCUGCUGCCCCUGACUCCCUGCCCCAGCCUGGCCAGUCGGUGUCCGUGUCCAUCGCCCCAGUGGGCAUGAGUGUGGCCAUGGCGCCUCAACCCAUCCAGGCAGCGGUGGUGGUGGUGGGCUCUGUGGAGCAGAACCCCAACCCCGGCCCCAACACCAACCAGGUGCGCAAGAACCACGCCUGCGAGGCCUGCGGGAAAGCCUUCCGAGACGUGUACCACCUGAACCGCCACCGGCUGUCCCACUCGGACGAGAAGCCGUACUCCUGUCCCGUCUGCCAGCAGCGCUUCAAGAGGAAAGACAGGAUGAGCUACCACGUGCGCUCGCACCAGGGUGGCGUGGAGAAACCGUACGUCUGCCCUCACUGCGCCAAGGCCUUCUCCCGACCGGACCACCUCAACAGUCACGUGCGGCAGGUUCACUCCACCGAGAGGCCGUUCAAGUGCACGACGUGCACGUCGGCGUUCGCCACGCGGGAUCGUCUGCGGGCUCAUCUGAUUCGCCACGAGGAGAAGGUUCCGUGUCACAUCUGCGGGAAGCUCCUGUCCGCCGCCUACAUCAGCGACCACAUGAGAGUCCACAACCAAUCACAGCACCACUCCUGCCACCUCUGCAACCGCAGCUUCACCACGCUCACCUAUCUGCGCGUACAUGCUCAGAAGCACCACGGUCAGGAGUGGAAGGAGAGCGGCGGCGCACGCGGAGGCUUCGGGGGGGCGGGACCCGGUGGUGUGCUGCUGUGCCAGCUGUGCGGCGUGCAGUGCAAGACUACCACGCAGCUGCAGGGCCACAUGGGCACCCAUGCCAACCAAGUGGACCCCGAACCAGCAGGCGCAGAUCCCGCUGUGGCCAUCAGUGUGUCGGGCGGGGCGGUGGGUCUGAUGGUGACUGACUGCUCCGGCAUCGCCCCCCAGGCGCACAGUUAGCGCGUGACCACGUGAGACGUUUGAUCAGGAUGACUUCAUGACGACAUCGUCAACGUGUGAUGAUUGCGUCAUGUCAACUAAAGACAUUUGUCUCUUUUGAGGAAGAGCGUGCUGUUCCUCAUCAUUGAUGUUAGCAUGUGUACAUAUGUCGUAGCAUGUGUAAAUAGACUUUUUCAACAUUGAAUGUUCUUCUUCUGAUGCUCUCAUUUCCAUGUGUAGCUCCCUUGGUGAUUCUGUGGCUGUGCAUAUUGAUUGCUACUGUAUUAAAUGCAGCACCGUG